AUGUCGGCCUCAAAGACCAACAAGCCUAUCGCCAUCAACCGAUAUAUCGCUACAACUGAUGGCAAGAAGAUAUGUGACUACAGUCAGAAGGGCUCCGAGGGUUACAACAUUCCCGAUGUGAACCUUAAUGAUCCCGCCAAUCGUCGGGUCAAGGUGAUCUCGGUCGGGUGCGGUCUAUCCACUAUAAUGAAUUCAUAUUACAUGCAGAAGGAACUUGAAAACAUUGAACACGUUGCAUAUGAGAAGAAUUCAGAUAUUGGCGGCACAUGGUUUGAGAACACAUACCCCGGAUGUGCCUGCGACAUCCCGGCGCAUGCUUACUCUAUGCUUUUCGCCCUUAACCCCAACUGGAGCAAGUUGUUGGCUACCCGCGAAGAGAUUUGGGAAUACCUGAACAAAGUCUGCGAAGUGUUUGACCUGAAAAAGGACAUGGUUUUCUACACUGAAGUCAUUGGGCUUUACUGGCAAGAAGACACAGGGAAGUGGCUCGUGAAGCUUAGACAGAACAUCCCAGGCCAAGCGAGUCGGGAAUUCGAAGAUAGUUGCGAUAUCAUUCUCUACGCCAAAGGCUAUCUAAACAGCUGGUCUUGGCCAAAGAUCCCAGGACUAGACAAGUUCAAGGGCAAAGUCAUCCAUUCUGCCGGGUGGGACAAGGACUACACCGAGGAGAAGUGGGCUAAUGACCGAGUUGCUGUCAUUGGCACUGGGGCUUCCGCGAUACAGAUCGUCCCGCAAAUGCAACCCAAGGCCAAGCACGUGGACAUUUUUGCCCGCACUGGUGUCUGGUUCUCACAGAUUCGAGAAGAGUUUGCUGAUAACUUCUCCUACACUGAGGAGGAGAAGGCAGGUUUCCGAUCCGAUCCCAACAAGCUAGUUGCUGUCUCCAAGGACCUUGAUUCCACCAUCAACCGUCUCUGGACCAUUUUCUUUGAAGAUAACCCCCUCCAAGGGAUUUUGCAGAAGGAAUACGGUGAUCGAAUGAAGAGAUUCUUUGGCGGAGACGAGCGUUUGUACCAAGGUUUCAAGCCGGAUUUCCCGAUUGGCUGCCGGCGAAUCACACCUGGUGAUGCGUUCAUGAAAGCAUUGACAAAGGAAAAUGUUGACGCUCAUUUCACCGGCGUAGCUUCUAUUACUGAAGACGGCGUCGUUGGCGACGAUGGCAUUGAGAGAAAAUGCGACACGAUCAUCUGCGCCACCGGAUUCGACACAACUUGGAGACCUCAAUUUCCCAUCAUAGGAAAGAGAGGUGUGAAUCUACAGGAUAAGUGGGCAAACGAGACGAAUGGAUACCUUGGUCUGGCGGCUCCCGAAAUUCCCAACUUUGUUAUUUUCGUUGGUCCUGCCUGGCCCGUUACCAAUGGCAGUAUCUCUGGACCUUUGACUCAGGUCACCAAAUACGCAAUCCAGUGCAUCCGGAAGAUGCAGACCGACAACAUUAAGAGCUGGACCCCCAAGCAAAGCGUGACGGACAAGUUUAACCAGCAUGUUCAAGAAUGGUAUAAAUAUACCAUAUGGAAGAAUGAAUGUCGCUCAUGGUUUAAGAACCAAGAAACUGGCCGUAUCCAUGCUGUGUGGCCAGGGUCUGCCCUUCACUACCGCGAAGCAAUCACCAAUGUAAGAUGGGAAGACAUGGAAAUCAACUACCAUGAGGACAACAUGUGGGGGCUUCUCGGCCUGGGAUACACUUUGUCUGAUCGAUACACGGAGAAAUAUGAUCUCUCUCCUUAUGUAAAUCUCGAGGCAAUCGACCCCAAAUGGCUUGAGGCUAUGGGCUCACCUGUCAAGGAACCCGAAGAGAAUCUGACGCCACCUAAGACACCAUAA